AUGCUGAUUCCUAAUAGAAAAAGAAUCACAAUUAAACUUGUUUUAGAUUGCCUUUACAUCGGCUGCGCUAUAUCUUUAUACUUUAUUGAUAUUUUCCAAUACAUGGACCACUAUUAUAUCGGGCUGACUUAUAUUACUUACGAAUACUCUUAUAAUGGCCUAGAUGCAUUUGUGACAGCCUCAUUUAAUGAUUUUGAUGACCACUUUUGUGACACAAGCAGCUCAGCAGUUAGCGAAAUUUGUGAUAAUAAAGAAGACUGGCAAACAGCUGGAAUCAUAUUCAUUAUUGUUUCUUCUAUUGCACAUCUGAUAAUGGUGUAUGGAAUGUUGAAUUUAUUUGGGAAGGCAUGCAAAUGCACUUUAUGGGGAUCUUUAAAGAUAAACGUGCAGCACUAUAUUUAUUCAGCGGUUUAUUGUGCAAGUGUGAUUACAUAUGUACUUAUUGCUGGGAUUUUUACAUUAACUCCUCCAAAAGGAUAUAACUCUAAUUAUGAUAUAAAAGUCCAGCCUGGAAUCAUUUUGAUGUUCUUUUCAGCUUUUUUCGCAAUUAUAAGUGUGCUGUAUUAUCUUCUCUAUAAAAAUUCUAUGAACUCUGACCCAUUUGUAGAGCAAAAUGAAUAUAAAAGUCUUCCUGAAAAUAAAGAGGAAAAUAAAAGCAUUUCUCAAAAAGAAAGCUUUGGGAGAAAAACAACCCAGAAAUAUGAAGAAGAAAAAAAAGAGGAAGAAAAGGUGUCAAGGUCAUCAGAGUUUUCUGAUAAUAUUGAGUUUGAUAAGGACGCUAUAAGCAGUGAAGAAAGCAAAAGCCAAGGAGACAAAAAGAGCCAAAAAAGCGAAGACAAAAAGAGUCAAAAAAGUGAAGACAAAACGAGUCAAAAAAGUAAUGAAAAAACAAAGAAAAUUAUCGGAAAAUAA